GCAGCUCAAAACGAUCCAGAAACGAAAAAGCCUCGUCGGGCGAUCACUCAAACCGACGUCGUAACAGCGGCUUCAUAACGACAGGAAACGCUUGGAAUCAUCGUUAUUCGUGAACGACAAGGGUAGCAACAUGUACACGCAAAACCAGUUGAGUCCCCGUGACAUGCAAGGCCAAGGCCAACCUCAGUCGUACAGCGUGUCAGGGCACCAGCAACAACAGCAACUGCAGCAGCAGAACGAACGACAACUGCAGGAUCAAUUUCAAGCUCUACCAUCACAAGAUCAAGCCAAGGUGCCUUCACAUCACCAAGCGCAUGGUCAAACAUCCGCAUCCGAACAACUCUCCCACGACACUCGAAUGCAAGAGCAUGGACAAAUGCAAGGUUUGCUAAACGACCAGCUCCAAAAUCAACUUCAAUUGCAGCAACAGCAAAACCACUUGCACGCGCAACUCCAAGGGGACUUGCAUGGCCAGAUGCAGAAUCAAAUCCAACGACAAAUGCACGAACAAAUGCAGGAGCAGAUGCAGCGUCAAAUGCAAAGCCAAUUGUCGCCGUCGUCGAUGAUGCAGCAGCACGGGGGCCAUCAGUCGUCUCCGUACACCCACGCCAUGGUCCAUCCACACAUCCCCGGGCUUAUUCCUGGCCAAAUGGGGCUCCAGUUGAAGAACCAACGAAGACAUCACGGAAUCUCGGACAAAGGCAUGGACAACAUGCGACUACCGAUGGCCACGCACGACAUGGGCGGGCUAAUGGAGCCAGACGACCUAGAGAUGGAACAGCGUUUGCAUUCAGGGCUCGACUACGACGACGACGACGAUGACGACGACGAAGGGAAGAAAGGAAAAGGCGACGCCAACAGCAAGAAACCGUGGACACGCGAAGAGAACGAGAAGCUCAUGCAGUUGGUCAAGCAAUACGGGGCCAAGCGAUGGUCGUUGAUCGCCAUGCAUUUGCCCGGUCGGGUCGGAAAGCAGUGCCGCGAGAGGUGGCACAACCAUUUGAAUCCCGCGGUCCGCAAAGAUGCGUGGACUGCAGAAGAAGACUAUGUGAUCUUUGAAUGCCAUAAAAAUGUGGGCAACCAGUGGGCAGAAAUUUCAAAGAUGCUGCCAGGACGCACGGACAACGCGAUCAAGAACAGAUACUACUCGACCAUGCGCCGCAUGCAGCGGCAGUCGCUUCGGAAAAAAGGCGGCGGCGGCGGAUGUUCGGCCAGUGCUCGAGACACAAAGCCCCGGUCCCAGUCCAUGGUCGCAACGUCGCCCACGACCGACGACAGAAACAUGUUUCAACGCGGCAAGCAGUUCCAAAAGCUCGUGUUGUCGGCCGUCGGCGACAAAGUGGAUAGCAAUUUCUUCUCCGAGUACGACCCAGUUGUGCAACGCCAGCAGCAACACGGGAUGAUGGAAUUCGGCGCGCCAUCGAUUCCCGGGUUUCCGUCCGAAUACAACCCCCACGGAGCAUCGUCGUUCUCGUACGAUGGCCCGCUGCGCCGCCACUCGUCGACGUCGGACGCGCCCCACAUAAACAUGUAUCAGCACCCCCCCUUGCACUUGUCGCCCACGGCCUCGUCUAUGGGGCUGCCAUCGACCACUUCGUCGUAUGAUAACCAACGAGGUAUUGCCAGUUCAUAUGUGAAUGUUUCACCAACUGAGCAGGUCGCAUGAGCUUAGAGGCAGCAGACGAAGACAAGAGGCAUACAGGAGACGACAAAUCCCGUCCACAUGUGUCGGUGAACGCGCGGUUGUUCGCGACGGCCGUUCCUGCCCAAGUGAGCGGCAGCACCACUGUAGUGCCUUUAGAUCCGUUGAAGGAAGGCAAGGCAGUAGGAUUUGACACCAUCUCGGAAACCCAAGAAGUGUACAUAUAGAUUGACUUAAUGACAAUGGAUUGGGUCGGUCACAUGGAAACAUGCCGAAUUUGAAUGCAAACUGCGUGGCGG